ACUUUUACGAACACGAAUAUACAAGGUCAUUUGUUUUUAUCAGUGAACACACUAUUUAUAGUAUAACGAUAUUAAAGAUAGUGUAUGGUUUUCCAACGGCAGUUAACUUAGGUGAGCUAUUUUUUUUUAAUGAAAGGAUAUAUUGGUGAGAGCACAGGGAUAAGUGACAUGGUAGUAGGAAAGCCUUGCAAUGAAGAGAUGAAGCAUUUCUGUUGAAAGGUAUUCGUCCGAAUUGCAGAUGAGCAUGAGUGUGUCGGAGUUUCGCCACCAGUUUAACACGUGGGAGGUUUAUCCACGCGUGUACCACUUUCAGAAAAGAUACAAAGAUGUUUACAACAGGUUUUGCAAUAUAACGGGUAAAGGACCAUAUUCGUUCAUUUUCAAGAAAUCGGAUUUGUUUGACGACUUAACCAGCUUCAAAAGUAUGCUGGAAAAACCACUACAGAUAUACGUCAUUGGCCGAGAAAAUCUUGACAAAGAUGAUUUAGUUGUAACGUCCGAACCACUUCAGCGUGCAAAGGGUGCUGCCUUGUUUCCACAGCAAGAAAAAUCAAAAAUGAUGGUCGAAGACUACGGAAUAACUCUUGUUGUAGCACACGUGCAGAUAAAAGAUAUUAAAAAGAAUGGAAAGAAGGAAGUUCUAAACUCGAUUCGACACUUUACGUCCAAUCUUUGGAAAACAACACCAGUAUCUGUCGACUCAUUGCUCAUCGUAUGUCACACAAGUAUGAUAUACAAAGCUGCGGCGUUGGAAGACUUCCGUCUGGACGUUCAAGAGGAAUUGGAGAAGACCUGUGGACUAAGCCUUACAGCCGACCAUUUCAUUUUCGCAGCGAACAGCGAAAUGGUCAGUACGAAAAUCUCAGAAAAAAUAGAAACACGAAUCAUUGAGAAAUUCUACACGAUGAAAGAACAUUUGCAAAACUUCGUUAGAAAUAGAAGUAACUUUAAGAUGGAGAAAAUUGACGUUGUAGAGACAGAACAACUAAUAAGUGCAAUACAGGGUUUUUUGAAAAACGGCUUAGGAUUUGUUGAUAUAUUAGAAGACAGUCAAGAUAUGGGCGAACGAUUUGAAGAAGUAGUUCUACGUCAUCUUAUGUGCAUUAUAAGAUGCGCUGUCCUGGAUCCACUGUCAUUAAAGUUUAACUUAACACAAGACACAUGUAAUCAGAUUGCUCAUCAAGUUAAAUUGGAAGAUAGAAUGAAAAGGAGUGUUUCCAAAAACACUCGAUACCACUUGAGUAAGCUACAGCACCCCUGCGAAGAAAUGCGUAAGGCGAUGAAGGAGAACAACAAAUGGUAUAGGUUUCCGGGAAGAAAUUUCAUGUUUAUCGCAUAUCCAUUGCGGGACGACAUUCGACAGAACAUUUUACAGUUGGAAGAGGAUCUUGGAGUUUUGCGACGUACCGUGACUGUGAUGAAGAAGAUGAUCUUUGAAAUUAACGGGAACAUCAAGCAAUCCAUUAUCGAAGAUGAAGUUUUGAAAAAGCCUAAACGGAACAAAGCUUUAACCGAUGAAUUAAGGAAAAGAAUAUUGUCAAUUGAUGGUGUUUAUGGAACUGGAAUAAUAUAUGGCGAGUGGGAAAUUCAUGUACAAAACGAAAACGCUAAAAUAUCUGUACAGGAGCUUAUGACGCACUUCAAAGUCAGACAUCCAAUUCGUGUUAGGAACGUACUUAAGGAGCCAAAGGACCUAGCAGGUGGUCAGGUGGAACAUGGUGGAGUAUUAGAGAGUGAGUGCCCUGGUGGUACAUUUCGAUCAGGUACGUUGGGUACAUUUGCAGACAGCCAUAACGACGACCUUUACGCCUUGACAUGCGGUCACGUGGUUUAUGCUGAUGAUGAUAGGGAGCAUAAUAUUUACAUAAGGAACACUUCCAACGAAAGGCAGCUGUUUGCUAAAAGCAAUCCAUCUUUGACUGUACGCUGUGGUAACCAACAACGCGCGUUAAUUGAUAUUGCAGCAGUAAAAGUAAUUGAUCCUGUCCGACCGAACUGCACAAAGUUUCUUAAGGAUGCCGACGGAAUGCUGAAAAGUGCGGUACUAGUGACGGAAAAUAUUAUUGGUUUAAAUGCGCCAUACAUUUUUAAACAUGGUGCGGCUUCAAAUUUAACAGAGGGUCUUGUCUGCUCUGAAGACUAUUCAAUCGCAGCUGGGUUGGACGGCUAUAUAGUCCUUAUAGCUUCCCCUCCAGGGUGUGCUGAUGAUGAGACAUAUGCGAAACCCGGAGACAGUGGCUCCGUGAACUGCAUGCCCGAUGUCGAUAAAAAUAAAACAGUUAAGGUUGUGUCGAUGCUAAGUGGUGGGGGUUUAGAAUUGGAUGAGUUUGAUGAGCAACUGUAUUUCUCGUUCCAGCUAAGUGUGGGCCUAGACACUUUAAGAGACAGGGAUGGUGGGAUAGAAUUAAACCUUCCGUCUACACAUAGUGAUAGACCAAUGUUUUGAAUUUAAUUUGAUUAACAAGUUAUGAAGCAAUGAUGCAAUGCUAUGCUUGAAAAUGGAAACUACAUGCUAUUACGAAAAAUGGUGGAAAGAGUGUUGAAUUUAAGAGUUUCUAACACUUGGUAAAUUCUUAAACUAUAGUAACUGUAACAGUCUUUAUGAUAACGAAACCUUCGACUUUGGCUACAUUUUGACACCUGGUGACGCCUUUGAAUAAACAAAACUAACGUAAUGAAUUAAGAAAUAAAUUUAAUUAAGUAACAAAAAUGGA